AUGAAGGACUACCUAGAGGGGUGCAACAAAUACUUGAAGUACGACAACUGUAUACUUGUAGAGCAUGAGGAUGAAGAAAGCAAAUGCGCAAAAGGAGAGAACUUCGUGAAAGAUAAGAACAUAGUCCGCGUCAUACAAGAAAUCCGAAAAAAUUUGCGAUCAAAUGUGCUAUACAAAAAUGACAGAAAAAAUGUUCUCUUCAAUGAGCCCCUAUAUAAUGUGUUUCCACUGAAGUGUCUAAAGGAUAAGAAGAUGGACCAAAUUUCCUACGUGUGCAGAGUGACAAGCGAGGAAGACGCAAAUUUUUGUUUGAAAAAAAUACAGGACAUCGUUUCGAAGAUGUAUGUGAAGAAUAUGCUAAUCGACAAGGAUUUUCUCGAAGAUCUAUUGUCCGUUUUUAUGGAGCUCUGCAGACAGGUUUCCGUAGCGUGCUUCCAAAGAGGAUCCCUUCUCAGACAGUUAUUUAAUUACAACGUCAUGCUCCUUUUCCACUACCAAAAAUUAGUCAGAUCAUCUCUGUCUUUUAAUUUAAAGAAGGAAAUAAAAAGGAGAAACACGAUGAGCGAGCUGCGCAAAGAAAUAGACAUUAAAAAGGAAACCAUCAAUUCUUUGAAGAGCGAAAUUUUGGAGACAGAUCAGCUGAUCGGGGAGGAAAGGAAAAACGCGGAGCGAGAGAUUUCCGAGGUGAACAUAAAUUAUCAGAACAAAAUAGACAAGCUUAAAAAGAACAACCAGAGGAAGCGCGACGAGUUUACGCGACUUCUCCAGCUCUAA